AUCUAAACGUCAGUUUUACCACAAAUCGUGUUUAGUAUGAGUAAGCAUACAGAUAAUACAAGCCAGUCUUCAAAACAUACCAUCAGUUUUUCUCGCACAGGCUCAUUGCAAAAUCUAGAGCGUAGAAAUACGAUUAGUGCUGUAUCAUUCAAUCUACCUACUCAUGCAACUUCUUUGGAAACACGAAACAGAGUCUACCGUGUCAAGAGUGUUGAGCUGCCUUCUCAUGCUAGCUUGGCAUAUCAACGACGAGUAUCUGCUGCUGGAUUAGCUCCAAGUAAAAAAAAGGCGCAGUCAGAAGUCAAACUUCAACGUGCGGUUUCGGCUCUGUCAAUGUAUGCCCGGCCUAUACAUCCAUCUCCACCACAAAUCGCUUGGAAAUGGAGUACACCGGCAGAGAAAAAACUAUCUACUCAUAGUGUCGUCAAGAAUUUGCCUAUAACAAGAGUAUACCAGGAAAAGCUACAACUCAACAAUACAAACAAUCUCUCUAUACAUCUAGAAAAGUUUGCCAACUCAAUACAUAGUUUAAAGGAUUUGCCCAAGACUCUGUAUAGAUUUCUUGUUGGUCAUUUGCGAUCGUCAGUAGAGUUGGUUGAAAAGACUAUAUACGAGGAUGACAUGAAAGAAAUUAAAUGCAGUUUUUGCAAUAUAGUUGAAGACAAUUUAGAACUGUUUUCUGUUAUAAAAAUGUGGUGCAGCUCUCAAUUGACCAUGAUGGAAAUACACAAAAAGCGGGAUCGUGCAAUCAGUGCAUUAGUCGACCAACUAGAGAAACUUGAAGAAGAAAACCUACUGUUUAAAAACUUUGUUGGUUCGCACUCACGAUAUACGCCUGAUCAUAAUGUGGAGAUCAAAGUCGAGCAAAUAGUUGUUGCCAUCAAGCCGUCUGUACUGGACAAAGAUACAAACACUGAAGAAGUGUUCCCACCAUUCACCAGCGAACCACAUGUUUCAUUGACUCCUCAAGAAUCAGCACAAAGCAAUCUAGAAUCGUUUAAUCUACCUCGAGCCUCAAUAAAACCUUUGAGCACCAAUCCAAAUCUACUGGAAACUUCUUGUAUACCAUCACCUAUUUUAGAACCCGAGGUUGCUCAGAGUGCUGAUGAAAAGCUGGACCAAUCUGAAUCAUUAUCUAACAACCUGUUACUUGGCAAGCCCUCCACAAAGCCAGGCAAUAUUGAUGUAUUUGAUAAAGCAUGUGGUACUGAUCGACCUAUUCCUUUAUUUCGAACGACUGGCGUCAUGGUUGAUUUAUCGCAUCCAUUCGAGGCAAAAUAUGUGCAAUUGAGCAAUGACUACGCAGUGUUAAAAGAACAGAAGGAAUUAUCAGCAAUAGCUUCUCAGCACGCGAUUGCUGAACUCACUGCAGGCUAUCAAGAAAAACUGUCAUCCAUACAGGAAACACUUGAAGCAAAGGCUCAAAUGUUAGAAGCAGCAAAUAUAGCACUAUCCGAGAGAGUAGAAAGCCUGGAUACCGAAAACAAAAACUAUCAGUUUGAUAUAUCCAAAAACGAAUCGGAGAUAAAUGAAUUCAAGCUACAAAUAGCCCACUACAAAAAAGAAUUGGAACAUCUCGGCAAAAUUCAAGUUACGUUACAAAAAGACAACGAAUCGCUUAAACUUAAUGUCAAGAGCGCUCAAAGCGAGCUCAAGAUUGCUCAAGAGCUGGAGAAAAAAUGGAGCAUGGAGACUGAGAAAGCCAAAUCACAGUUUGCUGCGUUUCAAAACCAAAUACAUGAUUUUCAGGGACAGCUAGGAGUAGCUAGAAUAGAACAAGAUGCAGUACAAAAUGAUUUGGAGCUAUCAAGAGCUAAAAUAUCCGAGUUGGAAUUGAAGAAUUGUGAGUUUUCAGCCAAGAUAUAUAGGCUUGAAGAAAAAAACAGCGAGAUGAAUACUGGGCUCAGAUCGGCAGUACAGGAAAAGCAAAUUGUGCAGGAACAAAACAGUCAACUAGAGCAGCACAUUGCCAACCUCAUGCAAUUUCCAGAAACAAUGAUUGGUCCUGAUUUUAAACUUUCAGGCAAAGCUGGAGCUAUCAAACGAGACAAACUCGCUAUUACGACAUAUGAUUGA